CAACCCUGUUAUUGACAGCAUGUUUACAUAACCUUAGAUAUCGCCGAUAGAGCUGAAAGUUUUUAAGAUUGAAAUUAUUUCAACAAAAUUAAUUGUCAUAAAUUAAUGAAUAUUUAUCUAAUAGAUGACUGAAAAUUGAAAAUAACAUUAACAAUAGUUCAUAUUGUUUUGUAUCCAAAUAUUUUUUUAUAAGAAAAAUGGUACUAAACUUAGCAUCAAUGAAUUUAUUCAGAUCUUUUAAGACAUCUGCUAUUCAUAAUAAAAUUAUUAAACUUUCCCGACUAAGGGUCGUAGACAAUAGUGAAAUCGGAAAAAAGGCCAUGAAAAUUGGUAAACCACCAAGAUGUAUUCACAUUUACAACAAAAAGGGCACCGGAUAUAUUGGUGAUAAAGUAAUGGUCGCAAUUUGCGGGGAGAAGAAGAAAGGAAUUCUUGUUGGAUUAAAAGCACCGCAAAAGAAGAAAGUAGCAAAAUUUGAUAGUAACAAUAUUGUGCUUAUUGAUGACAGCGGUACACCAUUGGGAACAAGGAUUCAUGUUCCUAUACCUCAUGUUUUAAGGACAAUUUUAAAAGAAAAAACUUUCUCAAAAGGAUACUGAGUUAUACUUACUCUGAAGUGUACUUCAAAUUGAAAAUCUAACACAAUAAAUAAAGCAACAAAUUGAGUUAUAUUUAACGGUAUAUACAUACAUAUAUAUAUAUGACGGGUUCCACGUUAAGUGACCCAGGUCAAAAUUUUAAAUGUUUGGGAUCGGGUUAAAAUUU